GCAGAGAGGAUGAGAGAAGAGGGGGAGGGAAGGAGGGAGGGGGAGGACCACCAGCCCACCGAGGACAAACUUGCGAGGCGCGCAGCGUGCAGGAGAAGCUCCGCAAAGCCACGGUGCAGCUGCUGGGCUGCGGGUUCUGAGGCUGCAGUCAGGGAGGGGGGUCUUGUUGCGGAUUACAAUGAUUGCCACAACUCAACAGAACAUGACCACGGAGCUGGACCUGGGGAGUUCAGACGGUCCUCCGCGGAAUUGGAAAGGCAUCGGGAUUGCCAUGGUGGUGAUCCUGGCUGUGAUGUCUCUGGUCAUUCUGUCCGUCAUCAUUCUCACACCUGAUGAGUCCCUCUUGUUACGGCAUUCCCAUGUGACCAUGGAUGAUCUGGAGAGCAACAAGUUUAAAGUCCACGAUCCCUGCGUCUCCUGGUUGAAUGAAAAUGAAGUGGCCCUGCGCACCAGGGAGGGGCACGUCCUGACAUUCAGCCUGACCAACAACCUAACCACAACUCUGCUCGACAACAGCUCUCUGGACCUGACCGCUACAACAUUCCAGGUGUCGGCGGAUAAGAUGUUUGUCCUCCUGGCGUAUAACAUUCAGCCGGUGUUUUCUCAGUCCUUCACAGCGUCCUAUGCUAUCUACAAUGUGGCUAAUGGGGAUCUGUUGGAGCUUAAUCCUCCGGAAAGGGAGAAGGCAGAGCUGCAGUAUGCCUCCUGGGGACCACAGGGGAACCAGCUGGCCUUUGUGUUUGAUGGAAAUAUCUACUACAAGCCGAACGUGUCGAGCAAACCUCUGCGACUCACAUCAACCGACAAGCAGCAAAGCAUCGUGCACGGGCUCUCCGACUGGACGUACGAAGAGGAGGUGCUGCUGACGUACCCGGCCAACUGGUGGUCCGUGGACGGCGCUCGGCUUGCGUACCUCAGCAUCAACAACUCUGCAACACCUUUGAUGGAGAUACCUCACUUCAUAGGGGGCCUCUACCCAUCCAACGUGCUGUACCACUAUCCAAAGGCGGGCUCCAGCAUCCCAUCAGUCAGUCUGUUUGUGGUGAAUCUGUACGGUCCGGCUCACACUCUAGAGAUGAUGCCUCCCUUAGAUUCCCUCAGAGCCAGAGACAGCUACAUCUCCAUGGUGACUUGGAUCAGCAGCACCAGACUUGCAGUUCGCUGGCUGAAUCGAGCCCAGAACCAAUCAGUGUUGUGCGUGUGCGAAGCCACCACGGGAGCAUGUUCGGAGAAACACAAACUUGUCAUGGAUAUAAUGCAAAACCAGCGACAGGAUGUGCCACUGUUUACAUCAGACGGCUCACUCUUUUAUACGGUCCUGCCUGCAAAACAAGGCGCUCGCGGAGAGUUCCACCACAUCGCUGGUCUCACAGCACAGACCGCCAUCCCCUCCGUCCCCCCUCGCUUCCUGACAUCGGGGAGCUGGGACGUCAGCUCGCUCUGCGCCUUAGACGAGAAGUCUGGAAAAAUUUAUUUUCUGAGCACGGAGGAAUCAAGGCAAAGCAGACACCUGUACAGUGUGGAUCUGUACGGAGUGUUCCAGCGCCACUGCAUUACCUGCAACCUCAUUGAUGGAUGCAGCUUUUUCAAAGCUGUUUUCAGCCCCAAUCAAACUCAUUUCAUACUCUACUGUUUGGGUCCAGGAAUCCCUAAGGUGACGGUUCACAACACAAAAGAUCCUUCCAGAUAUGUGAUCUUAGAGGAGAACAGCCCUUUGUCUAGAGCCCUAGAGGACAAGAGGCUCCCAGAGACUCUGUUCAGGACACUUUCUGCAGAAAAUCAUGAUCUGCAUCUAAAGCUGUCUCUGCCACAGAAUUAUGAGUCCAACCUGCACCCGCUCCUCGUCAUUGUAGACGGUCUUCCUGGAAGUCAGUCAGUGACGGAGGAGUUCGCGCUCGGCUGGCCUCAGGUCCUCUGCAGCACGCAGGGUGUGGCCUUGGCCUGGGUGGACGGCAGGAGCGGGGUCGGGCGUGGACAAAAGACCAGCGCCCUAGAUCCACGGAAACUUGGCGCGCUGAGAGUUAAAGAUUACCUGGGAGUUGUAGAGUUAUUGAUGCAGCUGCCUUACAUCGAUGACCGGCGGAUAGCCCUUUAUGGAAAGGCGUUUGGAGGUUACCUGACUCUUAAAAUGCUAACUGCCACAGAUAAGCUCUUCCAGUGUGCGGCUGCUGUGGCACCAAUAACCGACUUCAGGCUUUAUAGUGCUGCUUUUUCUGAAAGGUAUCUUGGCCUUCCAGCAAAGGAGGAACAUGCUUAUUCUACUGCCUCUCUUCUGGAGGAAGUUAACAAGCUAAAAGAAGAGAACUUCCUUAUUCUUCAUGGAACUGCAGAUGCCAGGGUACACUUCCAGCACAGCGCUGAGCUCCUGAGCCGCCUGGUGAAGGUGGAGGCCAACUACUCUCUGCAGCUGUACCCAGACGAGGGCCACAUCCUGAGGGAGGCCCGCAGCAUCCAGCACUUCCAGCGCACAGUGGUGAACUACCUCCAUACCUGCCUGAAGCACAGCACCCUUCCAGAUCCUAUAGAGGACGAGGAAGAGGAAGACGACUGAGCUCAGGCCUCCGCCUCGCUUCUUCUGGAUGGACUCUCGAAAAGGACUGUAUGCAAUUAUUUACAAGUUUUCUGGCACAAGAGUAGCAGGGUGGGGGACCAAACGCAGAGGACAUUUCUUUUUAGGAAAGAAAAGAAAAUCUAUGUACUGUAUGAUGUGUUGUGCACAAUAAUUUCUGCAAUUUAACUGAACAUUCAAGGCCUGGUUUGUUUACAAAUGUUUGCAGAAGAUGAUGUGGACAACACAGCCAAUGAUUGGUUUACAAAGAAACAUGCAUGUCGUAAUGGCUGCAUGAUGAUGAUUAUUGCAUUUUGUGUUUCAUCCACGAGGUUUUGAAGAGACGGAUUACCCAACAGCCGGGAACACACUCAAAGACUUUAAGGAAUACCUAACAAUGCAAUGAUGCGGCUCGUUCUUGACUCAGUCAACUAAAGAAUGACCUUCAGUACAAUAUAAACUCUUUUCUUACAAAAAAAAGUGCUUAAGACUGGACUAAAAUCCCAACCUUGGUCCCCAGGGAUCCCAAUGUACCAUCAGAACCAAUUUUACUGUUCUUACAGCGUGUUCCCGGCUUUUAGGAAGUUGAAUCGAGGGAUAAAGAUUACUCUAAAUGUGCCAAAUUCAUUCUGUGAACUUUAUAAACUGCUUUUGUUUGCAUUUUGUGACUAACAAUGAGUAUGCAACUGUUUAUACAAAAAAACUCCAAGUCAGGAGGGACUACAUGAACAUGUCAGUGUCUUUGUGCUGUAUUUGAAAAUGGCAUUUCUGAUUUGACAUCUCACCAUUUAAACCAUAUGUUGUGGAUUGCAGAAAUAAAUUAUUUCUUUGGUCAAA